UUUAUCAAAUAUUUUGAAUUAUAUAAUUAUAAAUAGCUUUCAGUCGUUCAAGUGAAACAGAUUUUAGUUUGAGAAAUUGUAUUUCCACAUAAUUAUUUCUUCCUCAAUUUGACUUCUUCUCAUUAGCUCACUCUUGGGGAAGACACAAACCAGAAGAGGGAACACAUAGUUCACUGAUCAGACUCCUCUGAACUCACCAAAUAUUAAGGCAACCAGGAGAAUGCAGCAAAUAGAGAUGGCAGAUUAUGUUAAUGAGCGACCAAGACGUGAGCAGAAACGCAGAGGGGAUACAACUCAAACAGAGAGAAGACUCUGUCACCUGCUUUUUCUCGGCUUUGGCGUGCUGUUUAUCAUACAAGCCAUUCUCAAUAUUUCUCUACGCCUUACAUUGUACUCAAGCAAGGACUCAGCCUACUCAAACUGCAACGCAACUGAUGUCAGCGGCCAAAACCAGGUAAAGGAGGAGGAAAAUGAUUGUGAGAGAAAGAAGCCUGGCGAGUACAACAGAUGUCAAGACAGAAUCAACGCCUUGACCAGAGACAACAGCCGGCUUGAAAACAGAAUCACUGAUCUCACCAACAUGAUAAACAACUUGAGGGAGGAGAGGGACAGGCUGAAGCUGAGGGACAGUUCUGGUGCAAAGACGCCAGAUCUUGAGGCCAUUAUCAAAAGCCUGACUGAAGAGAGGAAAGAUUUGAAGAGGAAGCUGAGCACCUUUGCUACUAACUCCCAACUAGUAUGGGUGUAUUUCAACCACAGAUUCUAUUACAUUUCUUCCAUCGCCAAGUCCUGGCCAGAGAGUAGAGAAGACUGCCAGCAAAGAGGUGCAGACCUGAUAAUCAUCAACAGCAAAGAGGAGCAGGAAUUUGGAAGUCAAUUCAAGCGGGACACAUGGAUCGGACUGACUGACAGAGAGACAGAGGGGGUUUGGAAAUGGGUGGAUGGGACUGCACUGGGCACAAGCUACUGGUACCCUGGGGAGCCCAACAGCUACAACGGCACAGAAGACUGUGGAGAAAUAUGGAACUCUGAAAAAAACAACAACUGGAACGAUGUACAAUGUAACAUGCAAAGGUACUGGAUCUGUGAAAAGGUGGGGCCUCCAUAACUCUGCAUCCAAACCCACCAGACUGUGAAUCAAUAUGCUGCAGGGUUAGUGGCUCAUCAUCAUGUAUGCAUGUACACAAACACAUACAGGCCUUUCUAGUUUUUCUGUUUUCUUUUAUAUUCUAGCAUUCAUUCUGUCUAAACACCUACAUUCAGUGUGUUUAAUUGUGUAAUCAUCCUUAGAUCCUUUAAUGGCUUUUGUGUUUUUGAGUAACAUGCAGUGUAAAAGAUAUACUGCAUCUUGUAUGUGUCAAGAGGUUUUUCAUGCAUAGACUGUAGCUUUUGUUAAUCUUUGAUUGUUGUACUGACUGUUUUGUGUUCAAUACCACAUGUUGAAUAAAUCAUAUCCAUUUUAUGAGAAUGAAAA